AUGGCUACAACAUUAUCAAGGUGCUUCACAUUGGCCCUUUUCAUGGUCAUUCUAAUGGCAAGUAUUAGUUCGAGUUUGGCUAAUAUGGCUAAUAUGAAUGUAGUCGAUAAAUGCUGGGGAGGGAACCCUCUUUGGCGGAGUCAACGACAACAAUUGGCCAAAUGCUCCGUCGGUUUUGCCGGCAAAAUGAUCAACAACAUUGGCAAAGAUGUCGUGAAGUACAAGGUUACCGAUCCUUCCGAUGACCCUUUGAGUCCUAAAUCAGGGACCCUUCGUUAUGGAACCACAAUGAUCAAAGGAAAAGUAUGGAUCACAUUCAAAAACAGCAUGACCAUCACACUCCAAAGACCACUUCUCUUAAGUAGCUUCACCGCCAUCGACGGUCGUGGCGUCGACGUCCACAUAACUGGCGCGGGGUGCCUGUUGGUGUACCAAGUGACCGGUAUAAUCAUCCAUGGGCUUCGCAUCCACCAUUGCAAGGCCCAACCACCUAGCACUCUGAUGGGUCCAAACGCAAAGGUGAUCCCCUUAGGCCAAAUGGACGGAGAUGCUAUAAGAUUAGUCACUGCGAGAAAAGUGUGGAUCGAUCAUAACACAUUGUACGAGUGUCAAGACGGUCUCCUUGAUGUCACUCGUGGUUCCACCAAUGUCACCGUGUCGAACAAUUGGUUUAGGAACCAAGAUAAAGUCAUGCUCCUCGGACACGAUGACGGUCAUUUGAGAGACAGAAACAUGAUGGUCACCGUCAUUUUCAACCAUUUCGGACCUAAUUGCAACCAAAGAAUGCCAAGAGUUCGUCAUGGAUAUGCACACGUAGCGAACAAUUUCUACCAAGGAUGGGAGCAAUACGCCAUUGGUGGAAGCAUGAGCCCCAGCAUAAAGAGCGAAGCCAAUUUUUUUGUCGCUCCGAAUGAUGUUGGGAACAAAGAGGUAACGUGGAGAAAAGGAGAGAAAGGUUUAUGGAAAUUUUAUUCAGUAGGGGAUGUAUUAAAAAAUGGAGCAUCUUUCAACAAGCAAACUGGUGUAGAUGGGGCGAAGCCUAACUAUAGCCAAGAACAGAAUUUUAAGGUUGUCAAUGCUAUGUUUGUUAAAGAAUUGACGAGUGAAUCUGGUGUUUUACAAUGCUCUAGGGGUUUAAUAUGCUAA